AUGUCGCAUCGACAAACGUUACACUCCGGCUUACCGCAUGUGAACCGAUGGUAUUGCAUCGGUUUGCCGUGGCUCUCUUCAAUCUUAUCACCGUUCGAAUGCUUGACUAUCGGAAAGCAAAUCGGUGUCUCAUGGACAUCACCAUAUAUCAUCGAUACUUUACGCUCACUUAUUCGACAGUUGUCCGACCUCAGAGGGAUGCAAACACCUACAAAAGCCAACGAAUUAAUGUGA